CUACUCUGUAAUAGCUGCAGCACUUCCCACUGCUCAACUGACACGUCAAAACCUGUUGUUGAGCUUCUUCUACUGCAUCUCUCUCAUCUCAAGUCUUAAUCUUAUUUACUGUUCUGUUCGCCCUCGCCACAGCAUUCUUGAAUCACGCUACCGUUCCUGAUCGCCCGCCGUUCUCGCUGCUCAGUCACUCCGCACAUCCACCAUCCAAGCUUCUCACCCGUUUCUCUACCGCCCUACGCACAUUUGAGAUCCUGGCCUUUAUAACAACUUGGGGUAUCUGUGAAACCGUACCUCCCCAGUUCAAGCAUAAGCGACAAAUCACCUUUUUCUCGAGCCAGGCAGCAUCUGCACCUCCCAGCCUGUUAAACCUGUCGAACAUCCGUCCUGCGGCGUUCAGCCUUCUCCUGCACCCACACCAAAAGAGGCCAUUGUAGAGCCUCAACUCUUUCCCACAUACUUCUAGGCGCACCACACCUCACACGUUCACAAGCAUGGCCUCAAAUCGAGCUCGGCGGAUCGCCAAAGAGGUCGCCGACAUCGAGAAGGACCCCCACUCUCGGAUCUCUGUGCAGCCCGUCAAUGAAGGUGACCUCACACAUCUCAAAGGCACCUUCAUCGGGCCGCCAGACACCCCCUAUGAUGGCGGCAAGUACAUAAUCGACAUAAAGAUUCCCUCUGAUUACCCCUUCCGGCCGCCCAUAAUGAAGUUCGACACCAAGAUCUGGCACCCAAACGUUUCUUCUGUCACAGGUGCUAUCUGUCUCGAUACGCUAGGCACAGCAUGGUCGCCCGUGCUGACCAUCAAGAGCGCACUGAUCAGCCUGCAGAGCCUGUUGAGCACGCCUGAGCCAAAGGACCCGCAGGAUGCCGAGGUCGCAGGCAUGCUUCUCAAGAAUCCAGAGCAGUUUCGGUACACUGCACGGGAAUGGGCGGUGAAGUACGCGGGCGCGCCGAAGAAAGAAAUCGGCGAAGGAAGCGGAGGUGCUACUCCGGAGACCAUCAGGAUGAAAGCUGUGCAGUCGAGGCAAAACCAGGAGCGGAACAAGCUGGCUCAGUACCGAGGCUACAACAAAGCUUUGGUAGACCGAUUUUGCGACAUGGGUUUCGAUGUCCCAGAUGUCGUCGCUGCGUUCGAGGAUGUGGGCAUCGAUCGGAACGGUGGCGAGGACUACGAGCUUGAAGAGGCGUACAUGGGUGACAUUACAGCGCGACUGUUCAAUGAGCCUUGACUUGCAGGUACCUCAUGAACCAGUAGAAACCAGCGGGUAUAGAGCGCGGUUAUGCCAUAAUACACGUACAUCAUGAAAAAGCGUUGGAGUUUGGGUGCUCGGGUGAGGAAAGAAUCAUUUUCCCACUGAUCAUUUCCGCUGCCGAAGAUUCUUCACGACCACAGCGAAGCAGCAUGAUGACGAUGAUGACGGACAUGGGAGGCGGCAUCUGGCUUAUCUACAUUGGGAGGUCCGGCGUGCAUGGUGUUUGUAAUCCCCAUUCGCUUUUUUGUACGUAUGAGAUAAUCUCUUUUUAUUUUUUUUAAUCAUGGGGAUGUCCACCUUGAACCGCAAUGCAUAGCCGAUUUUGCGACUAUUGAUCU